AUGCGCUUUGUGUCGCAGGUGUACGAGUUGGAGCGGCGCUUCAAGCAGCAGAAAUACUUGAGUGCCCCCGAGAGGGAACACCUCGCGUCGCUCAUCAACCUCACCCCACAGCAGGUGAAGAUUUGGUUCCAGAACCACCGCUACAAGAUGAAGCGCGCCGCUAAAGAGAAGGCCAUGGCGGAGCAGCCCAGCGGCAACUCGGCAACCACGUCGCCUCGGCGGGUGUCUGUGCCCGUGCUGGUCAAGGAGGAAGGCAAGACUCCUGCAGGAGGCAGCAACUGCAGCGCAACAAACAACAACAACUCCUCCUCCUCAUCCACCUCCAACACCCCAUCCUCCACCAACGCCUCCAGCACCGUCACUAACUUACCUUCCUCCGAUCUGGUGAACGGCAGCGGUGGGCUCCUCGACUCAAAGAUUUCGGGGACUCUGUCUUCUUCAUCGUUGAACCAUCACACUCACCAUCAUCACCAGCAGCUCAACAACCAUCACCACAACCAUCAUCAUCACACACUAAGAGACCACGCGUCUCUGGGCUCCGUGACGCCGACGUCUAACACCAACGCUACGUCGCUCCUAACGUCAACGUCGCUGCUGCAUGGAACGCAUCUGACGUGCGACGCGUCGCUGGACUCUUUCGGCCGGUCUCAAGGAAUGGCGAACGGGGCGGCGGGAACGGGAAUGGCGCUCGGAGGGUCAUUCCCGUCAGGAAUGCCGCCUCUGUAUCACAAUAAUAACGCAUACCUGCACCAUCAACGCGCGUGGUAAUGGUUAUCACAAGCGACUAUAAUGGUUCAUGCAUGUAGGUGGUUUGUCUAUAAUGUAAUCGUGAUAGGUUAAUCUACGCGCAUCUGCUGCAGGAACGCUGAACUUCUUUAACUAGAAAAAAUUCUUGAAGGCAUCAAGCCUGACGGGUUCAUCUGUUUUUCUCAACUCCCGUUUAACAAUAAUUAUUUUCUUGCUGUCGAUUUUAAUAUUUGAUAAAUUUGUUAAUACUCUCGUCGAUAUUGCUGUUCAUUCCUCAGGAAAUUGCUUACAGACCGAAAGGGAAAAUGAAAGCGAAAAUGUUCACGCUCGAUUUACAUGAAUCGUAGAUUUAAGCGGAACGAAAAUUCAUCCGUCGUUGACUUUGAAUUAUUGAUACACGAAUUGCAUGAUUUAUCGAAUAUAUUAAUUAUGAUUAUUGAAAAGUUGAAUUUUUCCACACAAUUGUGCUUAAGAUAUAUUGGACUCAGUAGCCUUCUGAUAGUCGUGUCACAAGUGCAAAAAUAUACUGAAUAAAUGGAAUAAUAGAAAAUUUUUACACAAGCAAAUCGCAAAAGGGCAAAAUGUGAAUAUUUUCCUCACGAGGAGAGGAAUCUGCCAAGCAGAAGACAGGCACCGAAAAUGUUUGUAAAUGUUUGUAAAUGUUGUUAUUUCUCUAUUCUUGAAUGUCAUAUUUAUGUACUUAAGUUAUGUGAAUGAAACGCUUGUUGGCCACUGGCGGAAAACGGUGGAAAUUCAAGAAAAAAAUUUCCAGUUUCCUCCAAAUCCAAUCCCAGGCUCAAAACUCCAUCUGCUCCCUCCCCAGUGGUGGCUCUGAUGUCUUGGAUAUUGCGAAGAAGCCCGCGAUUUGUUUUUAGAUUCACAUUGAAAUCGAGGAUGAUUCUGAAGCACUAAGUUACUGCUGGCAAUGAGGUUGAAAUAUAAAUAAUUCUGCACAACCGGAGUCCAGAAGCAUGACUGUGACCCCGACAUUAUUAAGUUGUUGCGGAACCAAGAAAAUUGCGACAUAUUUGUCAUGAGAAAAAGACUACUUACAGUGCAGGUAAUUAGAGACUAGCAGCAGUAUUGUGUACAUACGAAUAGUUAGUUUACAUGUGUGUGACGUGACCUCAUGAAGUUGGUGGUAGGAUUACAUAGCAAUAAUAUGUUGAUUGAUGUCCGCGACAAAAUAAAAGCGAUUU